AUGCCUGCCUUGGGUGAGGUAUUCAGCAAGAUCAACCCUUGGCAUAAGGAUAACCCUCCACCACCCCGCUUAACAACUCGCACAACCGUCCUCCUCCUCAUCCUCUACGCCCUCUCCUACUUCAUCCCCUUCUACCUCUCCUCGUCUACCCGCCCAUCCACCACGCACUCACGGGACGCCCCUUCCGUCAUCCGCGCCCGCAUCCGCUCCGUCACAUUCACCUGCUUUACUUGUGCCGCCGCGACGUACAUCAUCCUCUUGAGGACGUACGUUCCCUCAUCUGAGGAUGGAGACGGGGCAGUGCUGAGUGGCCCACACCGACAGGCUUUGCACCUGUUGGGUGUAUGGCCUGUCGGGCUGUGGGAUGGGCUGAAGGCGUUGGGGUUGACGAUGGUGCUAUAUUUGGGGCCGUUGUACGCUUAUCUCGUUGUCGAGGGCGGUUGGAGGGAUUGGAUUUUGAGGGGUUGUGCACCAGCGAGGGAGGUGCUUUUCGGAUGGGAGUGGACGAGUUGGAGGAAUAUCGUUGCCGGUCCCAUAACAGAAGAACUCCUCUUCCGCUCCUCCUCCAUCCCCUUGACCCUGCGCUCUCCCCUCACUCCCUCCCAAAUCAUCUUCUUCACCCCAAUUAUCUUCGGCCUCUCCCACGUGCAUCACUUCUACGAGUUCCGCCUCUCCCAUCCUGGUGUGUCCUUCCUCCCGGCCUUGCUACGCUCUCUCUUUCAAUUCGCAUACACCACGCUGUUCGGAGCGUACGCGACAUUCCUCUUCCUCCGCACCGGCUCCUUCCUGGGCGUGUGCGCCGUGCACGCUUUUUGUAAUUGCAUGGGUCUGCCGCAACUUUGGGGAAGGGUUGAGCCCGAGGAUGAUGAUGAGGAGGGGCUGGAAAGAGCGGUGCCGGUUAUGGCGGGCGGGGAUGCUGGGCAGCAGCAUUCGAGUGGGAAUAGGGGGCAAAAAAGGAAGAGGUUGAGUAUCCUGUGGACGAUUAUUUACUACGUGCUGUUGGUGACUGGAGCUGUGUUGUGGUGGAGGAAUUUGUGGUCGUGGACGGAGGGCAGCAAUGCUUUAGUGCCGAAGCAGGCGUUUAAGAAGGCUGCUUUAUAG